GCAGACUGAGAGCUUUUAGUUUUAGGUGGUUGAUGUUUAAGGAGAUGGUUUUUGCAUGCGAAUUUGCUGUUAGGGUACAUAAGUGACUUUGAUAGGUUUGAAGAGAGUAUAUGACCAUGGAUCCUUUGACCAUUGAUUACUUCGAUUGUACCAAUGUAGAUGAUCUUCCAAUAGACAAACAUGCCUUUUCACCUAAUACAGAUCGGUCGAGUCUCGCAGAUGGUUUCUUUUUGUUUGACCCUUUUCUAGCACUUAGAUCCUCAGAUAUAGAAACUGUGUAUGAUCUUCCUUCAAAAUCUAUCAACCACGAUAUUGGAGAUUUAAUCUUUCCUUCGACAAGCAUGAGUUCAGGUGGAGGCCCAUUUGGUCCAUCUACGAGCUCGAGGAGUGCCCAUAGCCCAGGGGGAGAUUCUCUCUCCCCAUCAGGGGACACUGACUCAUCAGAUCCUGUUCUAAAGUACAUAAGUCAGAUGCUUAUGGAAGAGAACAUGGAGGAGCAAGAAUGGGUCUUUGCUGAUCAGGUUGCUCUGCAGAAUGCUGAAAGAUCAUUGCAGGACGCCCUUGGUCAACAACAUUCAGAGCAGUCUGACCAGAGCCCCUCACAACUUGAUUUAAGCCAUUCUAUCGAGAGCCCAAAUACCAACCUUUCUGGAAGUAGCAGUGCUCAUGGAAGCCACGAUGCUACGAGCAUUACUGUUAGCUCUAGCGACUCAUGUGAUGCUAGCAUUGUUUACUCAAUCAAAGAACAUAGCCAUGCUAGGCAGGAAAGUUCUGACCUGGAUUCCAGUUUGCAGUUAUUGUCCAAUUCUUCAAGCAGCAUCACGAAUUAUGAUGAUGGGUCUGAGGAAUCCUUGCAUGAGCUUCUUGUCAAGAGCAUUUUCAGCGAUAGCGAGUAUAUGAUUCAGUUCAAGAAAGGAUUAGAGGAGGCCAGCAAAUUCCUUCCUACCAACAGUCAAUUAGGAAUUAACCCAGAGGACAGCAAAUUGCCAUCGGAAACAAAGAAAGGAAGCCUAACAACGCCCAUCAAUGAGGAGAUCGGCAUGAUGCAAUCGCCUAAUGGAUUCAAGGGAUUAAAGAAUCACAAGAGGGACGAGGAUGCUUUUGAGGAAGGCAGGGCUAAUAAGCAAACAGCCUUGUACACAGAAGAGAGUGAGCUUUCAGAUUUGUUCGAUAAGGUGUUGCUAUGCAAUGAAAAUGACAGGGCUAUGUGUUCUGGCGACAAAUCCAUGGAGACAGGGCUGAGGAAAGACAUACAGCCACAAAGGAACAAGCACGGUUCCAAUAGAGGUAGGGGUCGUGGCAAGAAGCAGGGUGCCGGGAAUACUGUUGACUCGAGAACACUUCUGAUUCUCUGUGCACAAGCCAUCUCUACUAGUGAUUUCAGGACUGCUAAUGGAUUGUUGAAGCAGAUUAGAGAGAGCUCCUCUCCAUCUGGCGAUGGGUCUGAAAGAUUGGCUCAUUGCUUUGCCAAUGGGCUAGAGGCACGAUUGGUGGGCGACAAGACUCGAACGCAAGACUUCUAUUCUGCUGUGGUCACCAGGACCUCAGCAGCCGAUAUCUUGAAAGCUUACCACCUUCACAUUUUAACAUGUCCUUUUGUGAAAUUCUCCAUUUGCUUUGCAAAUUACAUGAUUUUGCAACUAGCGGAGAAAGCUGCUACCCUUCAUAUCAUAGAUUUUGGCAUUGCAUUUGGUUUUCAAUGGCCAAUCCUCAUACAAAAGCUCUCUUCUCGACCAGAAGGGCCCUGUAUGUUGCGCAUCACAGGGAUAGAGCUUCCACAGGCUGGUUUCCGCCCGACAGAAAGAAUAGAGGAGACAGGUCGUCGUUUGAAAAAGUAUUGUGAGCGUUUUAAUGUUCCUUUUGAGUUCAACUGCAUAGCAUCGAAGAAUUGGGAAUCCAUCGAACUUGAGGAUCUCAAGAUUCAAAGCAAUGAGACAGUUGCUGUGAAUAGUAUGGAUCGGUUUAGGAAUCUCCUUGAUGAGACAGUCAAGGACAACAAUCCGCGGGAUGCUGUGUUGAAUCUAAUUCGGCAAAUCAAACCGGAUAUUUUUGUUCAUACUGUUCGCAGUGGCUCCUACAAUGCGCCCUUUUUUGUGACAAGAUUCCGAGAGGCACUUCUUCAUCUUUCUGCCGUGUACGAUAUGUUUGAUGCUAUCAUACAUGGUGACAGCAAAGAGAGGUUGGUUUUAGAGAGAGAUUUCCAUGGAAGGGAGAUUAUGAAUGUCGUAGCAUGCGAAGGUUCGGAAAGGGUUGAGAGGCCAGAAACGUACAAGCAAUGGCAGUUUCGUCAUAUGAGGGCCGGGUUUAAGGCGCUUCCUCUGGACCAAGAGCUCAUGAAGUUGUUCAGGAGUAAGAUGAAAGAAUGGUACCACAAGGAUUUUGUGCUUGAUGAAGACAGCAACUGGAUGCUGCUAGGUUGGAGAGGUCGGAUUGUUUAUUGCUCCUCCUGCUGGGUGCCCAGUUAGGAUGUCUCCAGAAGGAAUGUUUUCUUUCAUGACCUGUGCAUUGCGGGUAUUCUUCCCGAGUCAGCAGGUCAAGGAUUUUUAUUAGAGUAGGUCAGCACGUACCUAUUUCCCGCUUUUCUGUUUGUGCAUGUAUCUUUUCAACUGCAAGAAUCUGUAAUGUUUUCUUACUGUUUAUCAACCCUUGAGGUAGGAAGAUACAACUUACAUCUUCUAUGCCGUACCGCAUUGUGAAUUUUCCUGAUAGUGUGUCGUUAUUUUGUCUAUCAUUCUGCAAGUAACGUGGCAGCACGAAGCUGGCAAUGGGUAUGGGUGAAGGAUUAUCAUGCAUGGGUUGUGCUGUUCGCUUGAUGGCCCUGUUGUUUACCAGAAUCCUAUAAUACUGAAAGCUGUUCAUAUCUUUGAGAA